CGGGAGGUUUAUUUAGCUACCUGUAAGCUAAUUGUUAUCCUCCAUUUUUCCCCCGCUUAUUUCCAUUUUUGUGUGACGUCACGCAGCCGGAGCGCGUGCGGCUCAGUAUGGUGAGCUCGCGGCCGGGAGGGGGUGGUGGUGGUCAAACCGGGAAGCUUGGAGAAAGUCUUCAACCGAAACCCAACACAACAACAGCCAAACACGUCAAGUAGCAACAAGUCUUUAAACGUUUCAGCGCCGCGGAAGCCGCCGACCGCCGAGCCGAAGCGUUUAAGCGGCCAUGGAAGGCGUUUCGGGCGUAAAGUUGUCGGUGUUGGGGUGAACUUGUCCCGAGUUGCUGUUGUUGGUGGAUGUUAGCGACGACCGACCAAACGGAGGAAUAACAAUGCUGCUGCUGCUGCUGCUGUCUCCGUUUUGACUCGGCUCCGGUUUCCUCGGGUAGACGGGAGGAGGAGAAGGGAAGGUCGAAGAAGGAGAAGCGGUGAGCAGCAGGACAAGAGACAUGGCCGAAGCACGACCGGAGGAAGAGGAGGAAAACGCGAUGAGGGACACCCGGGAACAAGUGGUUCGACGACAGCCAAACAGCUCCGGAGGUCGUCCUGACAGGCGUAAGCCGGAGCACCGUCACAGCCAGGGUCCUCUCUCGUCCAUCAGGGCAGCCAUCAAGAGAACCUCCACCAGGACCACGUCUCUGUCCGAGCCGUCCAGAGACAGAGAGCGAGACAGAGACAGAGACAGGGACAGAGACAGGAGGCGACCAGAGAUCACCAUCCUGUCUGCGGAGCCGCUGGCCUCCACAUCCUGGUUCCCUGGAGGUUCUGGGGGAUUCCCGCCUCCUCCUCCUCCUCCUGCUGCGCAGAUCUGGGGACCCACCAUCCCUCCGUCCAUACAGCCUCCUCCUUCCUACGAGGAGGUGAUCAAGGAGAAGACACAGGAGCUCCUUCCUCCUCCUGCUCCUUCCUCCUCAUCGUGUCCUGCGUCUACAAUAACCAUCGCCACCCAGACUGACCCAGGAUCAGCCCCCGACCCCCAAGACUCACAGGUGAGAAGACCAGCGAGACCACCACGGCCGCCUGUCCCUUACCCCCCCAAUCCGUCUCUCGUUGAAGACGUCACCACCAGCCAAUCGGCAUCCACCUCCCCUGACUGCGUGAUACCAAACGCACACACCACCGCUCACACGCCGUGCUGUGAGCUCCUCAGUGAGCUUUGUUCACCUUUGACCUCAGCCUCUGCUGAUCAGUCCGACCAGUGGGAUCAGUCUUCUGCACCUGUUGACGCGACAGCUCCCCCUGCCACUUCCUCUCACGCCCCGUUGGAGCGCCCCAGGCCACGCCCCCGUACGAGGCUCAGCGUGCAGCCAAUCAGCAGUGAGGUCAAAGUUCAGACUUUGGUGAAACUGCGUGAGGACGGUUUGGCCACGCUAGCCGCCCGCGCACAAACUGACAACGCUAACCAGGAAGCGAGGCAGGGGAAGUACCUUCAGGAGCUGCUCGAGGCCUUCAGCGCAGACGACUGGGGCUUCCCUGAGCGGCGCAGCGACAGCAGCGGGCACAGCCAAUCAGAGAGCGACGAGGGAGACGAGGACGAGGAGGACAUGGCGACCCUGCGGGCGAGGAUACAAGCGUUUGAGCAGCAGCAGCAGCAGGUGGCUGAGGGGAGCGGAGGAGACGCCAGCAACAGAGACUUUGUUGCCACAAAGAGACCGGAACCCAGGCCACGCCCUCGUCUCCAGGGACAACCAGCAAAGUCUGUGCCCCCCACAGUUGCCCCGAAACCCAAAAACUUUUCACACGCCCCCAAACCAUCCAGCAAGGUGUUCUGGGAGGACGGUGGUUUGACAGCAGACUCGGGCAGCACUGAGGCUUCGAAAACAACUGAAACUCCUCAAAGUGCUGCCGAACCUUCUUUUACCCCUAAACCUGCUCCAGCUCUGGUACCCCAACCCUGCAAAAACACUGAGAAACCUUUAAUAACACCAAAACCGCAGCUGGCUGCUGAAACCGUCCAGUCUGGUGCGUCUGCCCCUGUCCCGGCUCCCAGGCCCCCUCCUCCCAAACUCACCUCCUCUGGCAGUGAGACUCCUACCUUAUCCAACCCCAAACCUCCACCCAGACCUCCAGUCGCACCCAGGGCCAGCAUAGGAGCUCCACAGCAGGAUAAGAGCCCCGCAGCUGGGCACAGCACCCCAACUCUUCCCCCCAGACCCUCUGUGGAGGUCAGCGGUGGAGCUCAGACAGGAAGUGACGAGACGCAGGACGCCGCAAACCAAACUGUGAAAGCAGGAAGUGGACGUCCAGGCGUCCCAACCAAACCGGCAGCACUGACUUCACCACGCAGAGCCAGCGCUCCACAUCUGGCCCCCAAACCCAGCGGGGCCUCAGUGCCGCCUCCAGAUCCCAACGCUGCACCGCCCAAACCCGCUGCCACCGCCGCAGCCUCCAGACCUUCAGGGCCGGCCCCGGGUCUGAAACCUCCGGCUCCGGCCCUGAGGAAAGGCCCCGUGACGCAGACCAAACCGGAAGCUGCCGGUGCUGAAGAGCCGAACUCCUCAGACCCUCCUCUGCCUCCACGACCUUCCAGUUCGAAGCUCCUUCCUCUUCGUCCUCCACCAAUCAAAUCCACCCCUGGGCGCCCGCCUCCUCCAGCCGUCACCUCUGCCUCCUCAGCCAACCAGAUGACUCCUCCCCCUCCUGCCAAAACCGGCCCCGCCCCCUCUGUUCCCACAGCCAGCCAGCCUUCACCCUCAAACACCACUUCCUCUGUGUCAGCCAAUCAGAUGCAGUCUCAAAGAGCAGCAAAGAGGGGACCACCUCUGCCCCCCCGCCCUAAACCUGGACACCCUCUGUACAGCAGCUACGUGAAACAGGAAGUCCUGAUCGUCCUGGACGACCCGAGUCCAUCAGAGCACCUGUCAGGCGACGGGAGGAGUCAAACGGCUGUCACCCCUCUCAUCCACCCAUCACAGUGCCUGCUGGACCUGGACAUCCAACCGGAGCCUGUUCCAGACCAGGACAGCCAAUCAAAGCCCGCCCUGGAGGACCUCGGCCUGCCAGACUCUCAGUCCAUUCUGCCUGUGCAGCCCGCUGAGCAGAAAGAAGAGCCAGAGCCUCCACCUGUCAGCGGUCCUCGGUGCGUCGCCUCGUUUGAUUACGAAGGAGAGGAGGAUGACGAGCUCACCUUCUCCCAGGGCGACGUCAUCGUCCUGCUGGAGCUCGUCGGGCAGGAGUGGGGGCGGGGCCAGAUCCACGGGCGAAUCGGGGUAUUCCCGCUCAACUUCACCGAGGUGGUGGAGCCGCUCCCGCCGUCGUCAGCCGGGGAAACGGCGAACCCGGCGUUGGCAGGAACACCAAAGACGUCUCAGGACGCUGACUCAGAGGAGUGGGCUGUGGCUCUGUUUGACUUCCCUGGUCAGACUGCAGAGGAUCUUUCCUUCCACAAGGGGGCGCUGAUCCAAGUGACAGAGCACGUCGACGCUGAGUGGAGGAGAGGAAGACUGGAGGGGAGGGAGGGGCUGUACCCUGCUGCCUUCGCACAGACCUGCCAGGUCCAGCAGUCAGCAGUCAAAGGCAGAGCCAACUUUGACUUCACAGCAGAGAGUGAGAACGAGCUCACACUAAAGGUCGGUGACAUCAUAACGCAGGUGGAGUCUGUGGACGAGCAGUGGAUCCUGGGAGUCGUGGACGGGAAGCGUGGGAUCGUGCCUAAAAACUACAUUUCGAUUCUCUGACGAGGAGGUCUCGACGCGGCCGACGGGACGCCGCGCCGCAGGCAGGUUGGUUGGUUUCCAUCGGGACUGGACUCCCACCUGUGGACGCCACGGAGGGUUUACCUGCAUGGGCGCAUGCGUCACUUCUGCUCCGGAGCCUUUUCACAAAACUUUUCAUUCAGUUUUUACGCCUUUUUGUUUUUUCUUAUUCGUUACUGAAUUGACUCGACGCCCCUCUGGCCAGUUAGAUCCUCGCUGUGCUCACUGUCGCCAUGACGACCAGGAAGAGGAGCGACGGCGGUGCUUUCGGCCUGUGGACUGGAUUUGACUCUUCUCUCCUGUUGAAUCCCUGCACUGAUGGAAACAUCUGACGUCGACGCUCUCACUCAAAAAGUGACUGAAAGUAUUAACGCGAUUAUCAGAAGGCAGUUAACUUUCCUGCGAUUGAUUAACCAAAUAAUCGCAGCGCCUCUUGUACGAAGCUGACGAGACAAACGGCGAGUGUGUUAGGAGGCUGUAAACGAGGCGAUCAGGCCGUUUACAAAGUGAACCACAGAUCAAAAACCCAUUCAGUAUCGCCAGAGGAAGUUUAACUCGUGGCGCUCAGAGAUCUGAAGUCAAAGGACAUUUCAAAAACAGCCAGUCGCUGAGCUCACACUCGGUACUCAAACGCAUCAUGUUUAGAAUAGUUAGUCGCACACGAACGGCUGCCAUGACGGUUUGCUGGCAAAACAGCGGCUCACGUUUCCAGACCGAACGCGAGUCGCACUCGUCAGCAGAGUCUCGUCGAGUGUUUCAUGUCAUAGACCAGACGUGGAGUAUUUUCUGUCCGUGCUGUCAGGAAAUCAGCAGCGAUGACCAGGAAUUCCUGCGGUCAAAGUCCUCGAAAGGAAAACCUCUCAUUCCUGCCACUUCCUGUUUCUUUGCCUCAUGUUAAAUGUUGCCAGAUCAACACUGACUUCCUGUGUACGGAGAACUUUUUAAACUUUUGCUUUCAUUUGGCAGAAAAGGCUGAAUUUGCUUCUUACAUUUCACUGUGACAUCAUGACGACGAUGAUGACGAUGAUGAUGAUGAGUCAGAGAUCUGCUUUCACUGCAUUCACGUUUUGUGGUGUCAGCACGUUAAGAAAAAUCCUCCACGUGGCGUCUUUAGACUUUUCUGUGUACAAACGUAACGACCUGCAGCGUGUGUGUGUGUGUGUGUGUGUGUGUGAGGGAGAUGUGACGUGUUUGUAUAACCACAAAUUCCAGCUUUUUAAUACAAAUAAAACUUCUCAGUAAUA